AUGCUUCGAUGUCUUGUAGAAAAUUUAACUGAAGAUGCUAUAUUAACACGAUGGAAUGUCAUUUUAUCAUUAGUGAAUGGAACACGAGGUGAAACAUUUAGCCUAACACAUCUUCGAAUUUUAACUAAUACUCAACAAUUACCUGAUCAAAUCGAUAUGAGAUUAGUUUCUCUUGUAUUCGAUUAUCUUCAUGUAUUUAUGCAUAUUAUGGAAAAUGAUAAUCAGUCAAAAUAA